UUUAUUAGAUUGCUUAUUGCAUUGUUGUCUUGUCCUGGAACAUAGAAUAAUAUUUCUCAAGCCAUAGAAAUACAGAGUAGCUUAGCAAUUUUUGACAUGUUAUGCAUAAUUUAAAGUCUGACAAGUUCUUAUUAUAGAAAACUUAGCUGUCAAAAAAGAAAAAAAAAAAAAAAAAGAAAAAAAAAAACUUACUGUCUCAAAUUGUUUGAUCGUGUUAUUGAGCUGAUUGGAUUGGACUACAACCCAAUAAUGUCAGCCCAAAUAUAGAAACCCAACUAGUGAACGACGAUUCUAGCAAUGUAGGUGUAUUUCCCUAAUUUCAUGGUCUCAUUUUAGUAAUUUGUCAAUGCCUCAGCUAUAAUAACUAGUAAUCCCAUAAAAUCUGGAAUAACAAGUGGGCAUGGAAUUUAUUUGGGUCCUUGCAUUGACUUGCCAAGUAUAAUACUGUAAGUCUGUAAUAUGAAUGUAAUAACUCUUUAACUUUUUUUAUAGACAGCAUCAAACAUUUUUUUUAAGUUAACAAUAUACUGAACAAGAUGUGCUCAAAAUACUCGGAAGGAACCACCAUAGUAUCGGGCAAGACCAGCUAAUAUCAGAAAUAUCUUAAAACUCUUGGCAUGAUAUGGAACUUUAUCUUCAAUUUUAAUUUAUUUAUUUUUAAGUUCUUGUUUUUUUGCACCAUUGACGUAUGAUUGUAUAAUAACUUGAUAAUGCUGAGAAACAUGGAGUGUUUUUUUGUUAAAUAAUUAACGGAAAUGAGAUUCACUCAAAAUAAGAAGCACCGUAGUUUAUGGGCACAGCAAGGCAAUUCUUAACAAGAAGUAUUUAUAUCUUCCAUGUUGGCAUGUUGCAUUCAUUACCGUAUGCUGCUAGAUUCAGUUAAACGUGUUGCAAAAAAAAAUUGCUCAAUAACCUUAAGUAAAACUAAAUUACUUCAUAUAUACUUGCUUAGUUGCUUGUAAUGUACGGAGUAAUUUUUUUUCAAAAGUAUUAAGAUAGGAGAUUAGAGAUUUAGAGUAGUUGGCUAUCUCCGUCUUCCAAGCAUUCAUUUGCACUCGGCAAUUCUUUCAUCAUUUCAGUAUUAUUAUUCUUUUCCAAGUAUGCAUUGUAAAUCAGCGUCAUUUUAUUCACCUUGGAAUGGAAGAUUAGGAUAAGAGACAGAUUUGAUUCUAGGUCACAGACAACUCUCUUCUCCAGUUUUUCUAUUGAAUUAAUUGCCUUCCACUUGACCAUAAUCUAUAAUAUAUAUGACGUUUUUAUUCAAUUUGAAUUCCAAUUUAAUCCUUGUUCAUACAAUUUGUUAAGAAAAAUAAUUAUUUUUUAUUAGUAAUACAGCUAACACCGAUUUCCCUUGCUUAAACCUUGAGCAUCAUCUUAUUCUUUUGUUUUCUUUUAAAUAAUUUAGAUAAGAUAUGGCUGAGCUUAAACUCAUCAGGAUCAUAUAUGCAAAUGAAAUUAAUUUCUAAACCACUUUUUUUUUCUUCUUCUUGUUAGAGAUAGUUUAGCAAUAGUUAUGUUCAGGUUCCCAUGAUUAAGGAUACAAUAUGAUUGUGAUUGGCUCUUUCUUUGUUGCGAGCACCACUAAUCACGACCAUAUUAAACUACGAGUACUAAAUUAAUUUGCAAACAGCCUAUAGUUAUUAAAGAUGCAUCAAGAUUCACUAUCAUAUAUAUUAAGCUACCUAAUUAUAUUUUACACAGUCAAAUAAUUAUGCCAACUUGACAAUUGCGGAAGAAUAGCUACUGUUAAUUUCAAGAAAGUAUAUACAUCAAGUUUAGUCGUUUAGAUGGUCUAAAUAUAUACACAUAAAAAUAUUACUCUAUCAAAUUCUUUGAAUUAAAUAAUUAUAUUUCUAUAGAUAUACUGAACAACUCAUACAGUUGCACAAGAAUGACAGCUACUAUUACAAUAAACAAUCUUCAUACGAAAUGCACUUGCAAGUAUAAAUGAAACACACUUUCCCCAGAAACUGGAGUGCAGAAGCCUAAACAAUUCCCAUUAUAUCUACUAUUCUCCUAGUAAGGGAUUCCAAUCACCAAACCAAAUAAAACAGAGCAUACCAACAAAAAAAAAAAAAAAAAAAAGGAAACAAAAAUAAAAGUCUCUAAAAUGUCCACUGAUAACUACAAUGGUGGUUGUGCUAGUGCUAGGAGCUUCACAGUACAGCUCCUAGCAGGGCGCUUCUUCAUUGUAUUUUCUACCCUCAUGAUUCUCGGCUUUAUUGGGGCUGCCUAUAUCUUCGGUCUAUACUCAGGUGACAUAAAAACAAGCCUUGGUUAUGACCAAACCACUCUUAAUCUGCUUAGCUUCUUUAAGGACCUAGGCACUUAUGUCAGUGUCCAUGCCGGUCUUUUAAUGGAGGUAGCUCCACCUUGGGUGGUCCUUUCAGUAGGAGGUGUGGUGAACUUUUUCGGCUACUUCAUGAUUUGGCUUGCAGUCACUAACAAGAUCUCCCAGCCCCCAGUUUGGCUGAUGUGCCUCUACAUCACCAUUGGUGCAAAUUCUUUGGGGUUUGCCAACACCGGAGGGCUUGUGCCCUGUGUCCAGAACUUCCCUGAGAAUCGAGGGGUUGUGAUUGGGAUCUUAAAGUCAUAUCUUGGAAUAGGUGGGGCUAUAAUGACCCAAUUCUACCAUGCUUUGUAUGGGGAUAACUCUAACACUAGCGGGGUCAUCUUGAUCAUCUCUUGGCUACCAGCAGCUGUUUCGCUGCUCUUUGCGUUUAGUGUUCGAGUCCUUGAUGUUGCCGGAAGAAAUAUCAAAAGAGACAGGAAAUUCUUUAACGACGUUCUUUGCAUGUCUCUUGGUCUUGCCGGGUUCAUCAUGGUGAUGAUCAUAGUACAAAAACAGGUUGAGUUCAGCAAAGCUAGUUAUAGUGGAACCUUUGCUGUCAUUAUUGUUCUUCUCAUUUUGCCUAUCUUUCUAGUCUUCAGAGAAGAAUAUGCUAUUUGGAAAAACAAGCUUUCUAAUGCUUCCAGUACCCUUUCCGAGCUAAAAAUCGUGCCUGAAAACCAUGUAUCUCCUGUAAAAAAUCAAGCUUUAGCAACUAAUAACUCUCCUGAACAUGUAGAAUCAGCUUGGAAUAAAGAUGUGUUCCGUCCUCCAGCUAAGGGGGAAAACCACUCCAUCCUACAGGCCACCUUUAGCGUCGACAUGCAAAUUCUGUUCCUUGCCACAAUAUGUGGGAUAGGAGGGAAUUUAACCACCAUAGAUAACCUAGGACAAAUCGGGACUUCAUUAGGAUACCCAAAGAAAAGCAUUAGUGCGUUCGUGUCAUUAGUUUCUAUAUGGCAGUUUCUUGGGCGUGUAAUGGGAGGACUCAUCUCAGAGCGCUUGUUAGACAAAUACAAGUGGCCUAGACCUGCCUGUCUUAGCAUCGUUCUCUUCGUAUCGUGCAUUCCUCACCUUCUCAUAGCCUUCAAUGUGCCGUAUGGCCUCUAUGUGGCAUCAGUCAUCAUGGGAUUCUGCUUUGGUGCAGAGUGGACUUACCUCUUUACCAUAAUAUCCGAGCUCUUUGGGCUCAAGCAUUAUGGUACUUUGUACAACUACGGCUCAUUGGCCGCUCCACUAGGGUCUUUCAUAUUCAAUGUGAGAAUCGCCGGGCAUUUGUAUGACCGGGAGGGAUUAAGACAACUCAAGGCGCAGGGCCUCACUAGGAAGCAUGGCGAGGAGCUGCAUUGUUACGGAGUCAAGUGCUAUCAAUUGGCCUACUUCAUAAUCACCGCGGCUACAUUCGUUACCGCGCUCGUGUCUCUGAUUCUCGUGGCUAGAACUAGGAAAUUCUACAAAGGGGAUAUAUACAAGAGGUACCAAAAAAAGGAUUCUGCCUCAACUAAUGUGACAUUGAGAGGGUAUUCAGGGAAGGAAGAUGACGAGGUGAAUUAAUAGUUGUACCGGUUUUCAUUAGUUAUUAUCCAUACUUUUUAUGCAUUAAGUGGAAAAAUGUAGUAGCGAUUGUAUGUAAGUGUGCAAUUUUAGUUCAUUUUCAGACCAAUUUUUUCAAAUAAGCCAUUCAACCAUACGUAAUAAAAUUAUACAGUAUGUAGUAUUAUAUGGAAUUAAGGAUUAUUAUUAAUUUUUGUAAUAUUAGAUUGGUUUAUAUUUUAUCAACUUUAACAAAUUAAUCUAAGCUUUGGAUGAUCAUAAAUUUAUUAAUGUCUAUAAAGGUCGAAUAUUCGAAUUUCUUUUAAUUCGUAUGUUGAUUUUACCAACAUACUUCGUAUUAGCUUAGUCAUAUAACUUUACUAUUAUUGACUACGGAGUACUACAAAGCCAAAAUAGCUGUAUGUAUAUACUCCCCUAUUCCCUCAAAAAAAAAAUGUAUAUACUCCCCUAGACCCUACCUUAUAUUAACAAGUAGGAAGAGGCCGAAGAUCUAGCCUUGGUCAAAUACUUAUACAGUUAAUGGGUUGACUUUUCCCCAU